AUGGAAACCCCCAGCGUCCCCGUCAACUUCGUGCCCGCUACGGCCGGCGAAUCCUUCAAACUUGGCACCAUCACCAUCCGGAUCUUGGAGGACGGGUCGAGAACAGACAACCGCAUCGGCAGCGCAGAGUUUAUCGUCCCGCCGCAUACUGCAGGCCCUCCGCCGCACUGGCAUGAAAUGCACGACGAAACCUUCCUCGUCCUCAAAGGCACCCUUCGCUUCCACGCCCUGCACGGCCAAACCAUCGACGCCAAAGUCGGCGACUAUGUCACCGUCCCGACCCAGUCACCCCAUACCUUCAGCAACCCGUACGACGAAGAAGCCGUCUUCUUCAACACCUACACCCCGGCCUUUUAUAUCAAUUACUUCAAGUUGCUGGCCACGCUGGGCGAGGCCGGGAAACCUAUGGACCCGGAGGCGAAUAGGAAAGCUAUGGCUUACUUUGCCACGAUCGGCGUCGCCGACGAUGAGAUGGAGGUCGACAAGGCCCAGUUCUACGGCGAGAAGAAGAAGGAGAAGAAGACAGAGAAGGGGACGGAGACGAAGCCGGCGGGCAAGUGA